GGAGAGCGCAGGGAGCAGCCGGGGGCUCGGCGGCGGCGGCGGUGGCGGCGUCUGGCCCCGGCUCCUCCUACUUCUCCAUCUCCUCCUCCUCCUCGCUCCCUCCAUCUGCCGUGGUUAUGGCCCGUCGCUGGAGCACAAAAGAGUCUCCGCGGUGGAGGUCUGCGUGGGUCUUGCUUUUUCUCGGAGGGGUGUACGGAAAUGGUCCUCUUGCAGAACAUUCUGAGACUGUGCAUAUUUCAGGAGUGUCAACUGAUUGUUUUGGCUAUCUUCCAGCUUGUGGAGAGACUCCAGAACAAAUUCGAGCACCAAGUGGUAUAAUCACCAGCCCAGGCUGGCCUUCUGAAUAUCCUGCAAAAAUCAACUGUAGCUGGUUCAUAAGGGCAAACCCAGGGGAAAUCAUUACCAUAAGUUUUCAGGACUUUGAUAUUCAAGGGUCCAGAAGAUGCAGUUUAGACUGGUUGACGAUAGAAACAUACAAGAAUAUUGAAAGUUACAGAGCUUGUGGUUCCACAAUUCCACCGCCGUAUAUUUCUUCACAAGACCACGUCUGGAUCAGGUUCCAUUCGGAUGACAACAUAUCUAGAAAAGGCUUCAGACUGGCAUAUUUUUCAGGGAAAUCCGAGGAACCAAACUGUGCUUGUGAUCAGUUUCGUUGUGGUAAUGGAAAGUGUAUACCAGAAGCCUGGAAAUGUAAUAACAUGGAUGAAUGUGGAGAUAGUUCCGAUGAAGAGAUCUGUGCCAAAGAAGCUAAUUCUCCAACAGCUGCUGCUUUUCAACCUUGUGCUUACAACCAGUUCCAGUGUCUGUCUCGGUUCACCAAAGUUUACACUUGCCUCCCUGAAUCUUUAAAAUGCGAUGGAAACAUUGACUGCCUAGAUCUCGGAGAUGAAAUAGAUUGUGAUGUGCCAAGUUGUGGGCAGUCAUUGAAAUAUUUUUAUGGUACUUUUAAUUCUCCCAAUUAUCCAGACUUUUAUCCUCCUGGAAGCAAUUGCACCUGGUUAAUAGACACUGGUGAUCAUCGUAAAGUCAUUUUACGCUUCACUGACUUUAAACUUGAUGGUACUGGUUACGGCGAUUAUGUCAAAAUAUACGAUGGGUUAGAGGAGAAUCCACACAAGCUUUUGCGUGUGUUAACUGCUUUUGAUUCUCAUGCACCCCUUACAGUUGUUUCUUCUUCUGGACAAAUAAGGGUACAUUUUUGUGCUGAUAAAGUGAAUGCUGCAAGAGGAUUUAAUGCUACUUACCAAGUGGAUGGCUUCUGCUUGCCAUGGGAAAUACCCUGUGGGGGUAACUGGGGUUGUUAUACUGAGCAGCAGCGUUGUGAUGGGUACUGGCAUUGCCCAAAUGGAAGGGAUGAAAUCAAUUGUACCAUGUGCCAAAAGGAAGAAUUUCCAUGUUCCCGAAAUGGUGUCUGUUAUCCUCGUUCUGAUCGCUGCAACUACCAGAAUCAUUGCCCAAAUGGUUCAGAUGAAAAAAACUGCUUUUUUUGCCAGCCAGGAAAUUUUCAUUGUAAAAACAAUCGUUGCGUGUUUGAGAGCUGGGUGUGUGAUUCUCAAGAUGACUGUGGUGAUGGCAGCGAUGAGGAGAAUUGCCCAGUCAUUGUGCCUACCAGAGUCAUAACUGCAGCCGUCAUAGGGAGCCUUAUCUGUGGCCUGUUACUCGUCAUCGCAUUGGGAUGUACUUGUAAACUUUAUUCUCUAAGAAUGUUUGAACGAAGAUCAUUUGAAACACAGUUGUCAAGAGUGGAAGCAGAAUUGUUAAGAAGAGAAGCUCCCCCCUCUUAUGGACAGUUGAUUGCUCAGGGUUUAAUUCCACCAGUUGAAGAUUUUCCUGUUUGUUCACCUAAUCAGGCUUCUGUUUUGGAAAACCUGAGGCUAGCUGUACGAUCUCAGCUUGGAUUUACUUCGAUUAGGCUUCCAAUGGCAGGCAGAUCCAGCAACAUCUGGAAUCGUAUUUUUAAUUUUGCAAGAUCACGUCAUUCAGGGUCAUUGGCUUUGGUAUCAGCAGAUGGAGAUGAGGUUGUCCCUACUCAGGGUACCAGCAGAGAACCUGAAAGAAACAGUAGUCACCGAAGUUUGUUUUCCGUGGAUCCUGAUGACACAGACACAGAAAAUGAGAGAAGAGAGACCGCAGGAGCAUCUGGUGGGGUUGCAGCUCCUUUACCCCAGAAAGUCCCUCCCACAACAGCAGUUGAAGCAACUGUGGCAGCAUGUGGAAGUUCCUCAACUCAGAGUACCCGAGGUGGUAAUACAGACAAUGGAAGGGAUGUGACAAGUGUGGAACCCCCAAGUGUGAGUCCAGCACGUCACCAGCUCACAAGUGCACUAAGCCGUAUGACUCAGGGGCUCCGUUGGGUACGUUUUACAUUAGGGCGAUCAAGCUCCAUAAAUCAGAACCAAAGUCCCUUGAGACAACUUGAUAAUGGGGUAAAUGGAAGAGAAGAAGAUGAUGAUGUUGAAAUGCUAAUUCCAGUUUCUGAUGGAGCUUCAGACUUUGAUGUGAAUGACUGCUCCAGACCUCUUCUUGAUCUUGCCUCAGAUCAAGGACAAGGGUUUAGACAACCAUUUAGUGCAACAAACCCUGGAGUAAGGCCAAGUAAUCGAGGAGAUGGUCUGUGUGAGCACUGUGGCAUCGUCCACACUGCACAGAUACCAGACACUUGCUUAGAAGCAACACUAAAAAAUGAAACAAGUGAUGACGAGGCUUUGUUGCUUUGUUAGGUACGAAUCAAAUAAGAGAUUGUAUACAAGAUGGAGCAAUAUCAAUUCAUUGUUUUGUAACUUUACAGUUAAAACUAGUUUUAGUUUAAAAUGAAAAAAGAUGCAGGGUGAUUUCUUACUGGGAUGUGUUAGCCUGCAUGGUUAAAUUAAGUAACUCUUGUACCUAUAAACUUUCAGAGUUUACUAUUUUAGCAGCUACAAAUACAUUAUGUAUUCAUAUUGUUCAGUGAUGUUCUUCCAUAUAUUUCUAAUUGUUUUUAUCCUGGUACUUACUGUAGAAAUAUGGCUGCUGAAACUCAUUUUACCGUCAGUUUAUCUUAUGUUUAAGGUUUAUUUGUACAAUAUAAUAUCGUCAUUUAAUUGAACCCUUUAUGCUUUUGCCAGCACAUCUUGAAACUUAAUCUACUAGAUGUUAAGGUUGUUAAUGUAAAAACAAAAACAAAAAAAACCAUUAUACUCGCCUGUGUUUUUAUUUAUAUAACAUUUGUCUAAAUAUUAUUGUAUUUCAUCAUCAUAUGAACUUGUCAGAGGGAGGAAUAUCUUUCUCUAAAUAUUUUUCUCUUAUGUUUAACAUGCAGUGAUGUGACAUUUAGAUAGAGUUAGAUAAAAUAUUGGCAAAAACAAAACUUUUAUAGAUUUUCUAAUGUUGACUUUAAUACUCUAAUAUGGUACAAACCAAGUGGUAAAAUCCC